AUGGAUGAUAAGGAAACAAGUUGUAUCGAUCAAAUGUCCGAACUACCUGACUUCAUUCUUCACCAUAUAUUGUCUUAUCUUUCAACAAAACAAGCUGUUCAAACGGGUGUUAUAUCCAAGAGAUGGAAAUAUGUUUGGGAAACAUUCCCCAUCCUUGAAUGUUUUCAAGGGCAUUUCGGAAAACAUUUAAAUUUAAUUAACCCGAAGGAGCAAGAGCUUCCUAAAGAUGAGAGACGCAAGAUUUUUAAUCAAAGACUGAAUUUCAUGAGCUAUAUUGAUAAGAAACUGCUUCGAUUUCAUGAGGAGAAACUUUGUGUGAACAAGUUUAAUCUCCAUAUUAUCCUUGUGAGUAAAGUUUUGGCCCCUCGUGUUGAUAGGUGGAUGGAAUUGGUUGCUAAAAGGCGUAUGCAGGAGUUAAAUCUGUAUAUUUUUACGGGAAAAGGAAGAGUUCAUGACCUAUCUAAGAUUUUAUUCACAAUGGAGUCAUUAACCGUUUUACAUCUAUUUGGUUCUAUCAUGUUACGUAGCCCUCCUGAUAGUAAAGCUGUUAAGCUAUGCUCUUUAGUUGAGCUGCAUCUUAGGAGUGUCUAUAGAUGA